CGUGACGUCACAUUUUCAAACUGUCAGUAACACAGGAACCUUUUUUAUCAAAACUUUAUGAGGAUUCUGCUUGUUUAUAUUUUUGACAGCUUGAUGAUUCCUAAUUUAAAAUGCCAAGAUCUGAAGAUAAAACUGUACUGAGUUAUCAUGACAGUUUGCUGAGAACAAGUGACAUUAAUUUAUUAAAAGGACCAAGCUGGCUAAAUGAUGCGAUAAUUGGAUUCUACUUUGAAUAUCUAGAGCAAACAUCUGAAGUGACAGCUACAAAAAAUAUAAAACUCUAUGGUCCUGAAUUAACUCAGCUGCUGAAGAUGACAGAAGAAUAUUCAUUUCUAUCACCGGAUGUGGAUUAUAUGUUUUUUCCUUUGAAUGACUGCAACAACUAUGAAGACGUUGGCGGAUCUCACUGGAGUCUGCUGGUUUAUUCUAAGAAUGAAAAAAUUUGCUGUCACUUUGACUCUUCUGCUGGAGGGAAUAAUUCAGUCGCUCGAAAUUUUAGUAAUAAAAUAAUUAAGCAUCUGGUCGCUGAUACUGAGACAGAGUUUAAAAAUGUCCCAUGUCCACAACAGGGCAACAGUUACGACUGUGGUAUCUAUGUACUUUGUUUUGCUGAUAUUAUUUUAGAACAUUUGAAAUCUAACUCAAGGAUUGGAGAUUGUGAUUUGAGUAAAAUUUCGUCUAGGGUUAAAAAUAAAAGAAAUGAAUUACUUGACCUUAUUGAUAAAUUAAGUAAACAGUCAUAAAUAAAUUUAUUAUUUUU